UUUGAAGUAAGUUGCAAAACUUAAUGGAAUAUCAUGUCUCCUAGAUUUUUCAUAAUAGUAAAUUGCAUCAUAGGUUUGUUUAAACCUCGGUAGAAGCUCUAUUUUUGACAAAACCUCUACUGCCGUUCCAACAAUGAAGGGAGUUAUAGUUGUUUUUUUUUUUUUACUCUUUAAAUUUUGUGUACGGUGCUGCCAGGUUUCGUAUUUAGUUGAUGAUGGUAUUUUUGUGUUUUGUUCUACACGAAGUAACAACGGCUACUCAUAUUUUUGUUGGUAAUGUUAAAUAUACGUAAUACCUAUUCUCCGUGAUGACUAAUUAAGACACGGAGCACGGAGAUUAUUCACUGCUUUGCAAAUUGUCCUCGGAAACUUUUAUUGCUGACAAACAGCUGUUUGAGUACUAUUAUCAAGACAAUAUUUAAAAUUUAAAACUUACAUAUUAAACGUAAGCGUUCCAUGUAUACUUUUACGUACUUAUAAGAAAAAAACAAAUAGGCACCGUCUUGUGGUUGUCAGUGACAAAGAAUAGCAGCAGUUAAGACCGAUUAAUUGUGCACAAAAAUUGAAAUAAAUUCAUUUAAAAACAUUGAGAACAAAGAAUUGAAUAGUCAAUUUUUUACCCCCAUAAGAAUGAUCAAGAGUAACCAGUUGCAAUUGGUGGGAAAAAUGACUAGGGUGGGGGUGAAGAACUGACCAGUCAGUCAGGGGAAAAACGGACAGGGGAAAUACCUGACCGUUAUACAGCGGGUCGCCUCGGCAAAGAAAGCUUUCCAGCUUGACCAAUACACCACAGACAAAAAUUCGUACAUAAUAAGCCUUUUUCAAUCAUAUAGAUAUCUUUUAUUGUUGUCGAACGAUCUGGAAGUCAUUCCUUUUAAUUAUGAAUAUUUGUAAAACAACUGCUUCGUAAAUUUUUAAUACCUUAAUGUUAGAAAUAUUUACUUCCAUUUAUGUUGUUCUGAUUAUUUCAAUCAAAACAACAUCAACUGAAGUAAAUACAUACUGUAGGAAUUAAAUGGUAUAUUAACAUCUAUAUCAAAUGAAUGCGUAAUUUAGAUAUUCCGUUGUCGCUUAGGUGCCUCACAAAAAAGUUUUAAAAGCGAAAAUUGCAUUCAUACAUAUUUUAAUUAUAAGAUGGGAAACCCAACAACAAAACUGAUUUUAAAUCGAAAGUGGAACUUUACUACAGAACAAAAGUCAUUAAAACAUGUCUACAUAUGAUGUAUUUCUCAAUACAUCACUAUCAAAGUACGCUAAUCCAGACCUUGCAAAAAGAGAUGUCCUGUGUGUCUUCACAACAUUUAGUGACAUGCGACCAAAGUUAGACACAUUUGUCUUCAACGAUGGGUUCAGAAAGAAACUACUUCAGUUUGACGGAACAAUUCCAGUCCUUUACAAAGGUGCGACAUACAAUAUACCUGUAUCAAUAUGGCUAAUGAAUAAACAUCCUUACAAUCCUCCAAUAGUCUAUGUGAGACCAACGUCAACGAUGCAGAUUAAGUCUGGCCGAUAUGUUGACAUGAAUGGAAAAAUAGACCUGCCAUACCUUAAAGAGUGGAAACAUCCGGAAUCGGACUUACUUGGAUUAAUCCAGAUUUUGACGAUUGUUUUUGGCGAAGAACCACCGGUUUACUCGACGUUUAAACAAGGGAGAAAUGAAAGCAAAGAGUCUACCGGAGAAAGCAAAAGUGGAUUUACCAAGCGAAUAAGAAAGUCAAAUAGCGAUGAACAUGAGUCUGAUGCAAACUGUGAUACAUGUCAACGUGCUGAAAAUAUUUCUGUAGGCGCGGAGGGAUACUGUGUGGACUGCGAGGAAUUCUUCUGCAAAGAAUGUCUAAGAUACCCUCGAAGACUAACGGCUACAAAGAACCACAAAAUAUUUAUUAAUGAUGCAAAUCAAUUGAAAUGACAAUCGCAGUGAUUUGUUUGUACACGUAUUAUCAACACAAAUGCCACUUUGGAAGGUCCACUUCUAACACCUGAACGAGUAUUUUUUGGAAAACCAGUGUUUGUAGCUGAGACUUCAUAUUUAAUGAAAAUAUGACCCGCUGCUUUGGAUCUGACCAACUAGUCAUGAAUAUGUUCAAGAAUAACCAACAGAUAAACAUAAAAAACUUCUGUCUAUUUCAAACCGAAAGUAUGCUUUCCAACUGCUUACGAUCCCGUUGCGCAUCUUCGGAUUUUUUCGGAAGAAUGCUUCGAAACGAGGCUAUAAUUUAUAAAUAGAUGCAAAAUAUAUUAAAUGCCGCAACGAUAACGUGAUGUUUACAAACAUAGCAUAGGGAAUUCAACAUUUUUGCAACUCACAAAAACUUCAUGAAAAUCAUUCUUAUAAUACACGUGAUAUAUACAACUGUACUACAAGUUUUCGGGUGGACAAUUGAGGCCCUUCCCGAAUAAUUGUGUUUUAACAACUUUAUCUGCAAACUUAUUUAGUCAAUCCAUUUUCAGCAUAAUUUUAAGACUAUAGAUGUAAAACUAUCUUACACUGUAGAAACAAAAUGUGAUUGAAAUUUACCUAAAUACACAGAUUUGUGUACAUACUUCUACAUUAAUUCAAUAAAAUUUUAGACAUUAAACACAUUGUCUUAGCCUAAUAUUUGUCACUGUCAAUUUGAAACUAAAAUCUUGUAUAUCUCAUAUUUUUCAUGCAAAUGAUGUAUAAUUACCAUCAUGGAAAAAAAAUAGAAUACAGUUAUUUUGUAGCGCGUCUUUAAGUAGAUAUUCGUUUGAAUUAAUUUUAAAAUCACGUGAUCCCUAAGAAUUUCCGACCGAUUACGGAAAAGCGAUCAACACUAAAGUAGGACAAAAUGACCACCUAUGUCAAUCUAAGAAAAUACACACACACAAAAAAUCAAUCGUUUCUCUGCACACGUUUUGACUUCAAGGGAAUAUUGCACGGCUAUCGUAAUGUUUAGUAGUAUAUUUCAAAAUGUGUAGUCUUUCUUUAAGAUUUAUGCUUUUCAUUUGUCUUCAUUUUGGCACCUUUAAGACCUAUUUUUGCUAGUAAUAUAUUACAGAGUAUCAGUGUCCUUCAAAUGUCAAGCUGUCUUUGCAAUCACUGUCAUUUACAUGUGUAUAUGUAUUUGCAGUAACUUGAUUAGGCAUUUAUUAUUUCAUUGGCAGUGGUAAACUGACUAAUUUGACUAAUUGUUCGGCAUAAACUUUAUUGUAUGUGGUCUUUCAGAUGGUGACUGAGUAAACAGGCAAAUAUUUUACAUCGUCCGAACUGCUAACCAGAACCGUUUUUAUGUGCAAUUCUAUAGGCUCUCGAUUUUGCUUUAGAGCAGAUGAAUGCAAGAACUUAAAUGACUGUAUUUGUGCAUAA